AUGUCGCAACACCCCGUAGACCCUGAGCACGAGCAUGAAGAGCUCGACGAAGAUGCUCAACUGGAAGAAGAAGAUAUUGUUGAAGUACAUGAGGAUGACGGAGACGAACCUAUGGACGAAGAUGAGGAUGACGACAGAGAGUAUGACGGAGAGAUUGUGAUUGGAGGACCUGCGAACGAGGAAGAAGAGCAGAUGAUGAGGGAUUUUGAAGCAGAAGACAACGCUUGGGGAGGUUCAUCCCUGCACAAAUCUCAACAGUCCAUCUUUGCUAUCGCUCUCCAUCCGAACUUCCCCAACCCGCCCCUCGCCAUCUCAGGAGGUGAAGACGACCAAGGGUUCAUCUUCUGCCCCAUACCUGCCAACCCCGACGAAGAAGCAUCUUCAUCCUCCUCCUUCAGCUCAGACUCUUUCCCUGCGGUCAAGCUCACUGGCCAUAAAGACUCAGUUGUAGCUGCGGCCUGGAAUUUUGACGGUGAGAUGGUGGCUACGGGAGGAAUGGACGGACAUGUACGAGUCUGGCGGAGGGUCAAAGGGAGCAGGCGAAAUUCCGAAGAGGCUGCUGGGGUUGCGGACAGCAUGGAUAGUUGGAAGAAAUGGGAAUUCUUGACGGAUCUUGAUGCGUCCAGCGAGGUUCAGUGGCUUUCGUGGCAUCCGAAAGGAAAUGUCCUAGCGGCAGGUUGCGAAGACUCAGUCGUCUGGCUCUGGUCUCUACCCAAGGGUGAAAACCUCACUGUACUCUCUUCUCACACACUCACCUCGACCUGUGGGAUCUUCCCUCCACCAAACGGUCGACAACUCCUCACCACGUCAUUGGACUCGACGUUAGUCUUAUGGGAAGUGUCGACUUCCACGCCAAUUUUCAAGACCUCCGUUUUUGUCGCUCCUAAUUCCCCAGAGCUUGACCCGGGUACAGACGGUAUCACGUCAUUGGCCGUUUCGCCCAACGGACAGAUUGCCGCUGUUGGAGGUGCUGCCGGUGGAGUCAAGCUCGUCAAUCUCCCCAAAGGUGAUGUCGUUCAGACCUUACAGGGACACAAGGAAGGUGAAAGUGUCGAGGCGCUAGUGUUUGUCGAUUUGCUGAGUGGAGCUGGAGGUGGAAAAGGAGUCGUCUUAGUCAGUGGAGGAACGGAUGGCAAAGGUUUCGUAUGGGAUGUCAAUACGGGACGAGUUCGAGCAGAAUUGCAACACGAAGAUGCCAUCACCUCUAUCUCUCCUCAUCCUGCACCCCAUCUUCAUCUCGUCACGAGUGCCUCGGCCGAUGGAUGCCUCAAAACUUGGGAUAUCCGUACGGGCGCUCUAAUAGCUACGCACAAAGGCCAUCUAGGGAUUGUCAAUGGUGUGGCGGUCGCCCGCGCACCUCCUCGGGUCGAAGGCGAUGCGAAAAUGGAUGGAACUCAGCUUAGUGCUCCCGGUCAAGGAGUUAUCGACCAGGUCAUCAUCAGUGCAGGUGAUGAAGGAGUGAGCUUGAUCUGGAGAAUAUGA